AUGCCUCAGCGAAACACACAGAAUAAAACUGAUUUCAGUUCAGAGUGCAAAAGUGGCCGGCUUGAUGGAGUGAAGUUUAUCUGUCACAAUGUAUCCAACGCACCGAAAAUUGUUGAUGAGGCCACAGCAGAUACGGCUAUCUUUCUGAUCCUUGCUGCUCUCUGUGGGUUCGACAAUGGGAUCAUGGCAAUUCGCAAUGGCGCCUGGCCCGGAGCUAUUUCACCGCCACCACUAGGAUACAAUUCCCAAGUUAAGAUACUGGGAUCCUCGGCCUUGGUGGAAUAA